GCAAUGCAAUUUUUCAAGUUUAUGUAUUCUUUGUACGCAUGGUCCAGGUUUUAUAUAAAAUGCGGUUUAACAAACGUGCGAAUUUUAACGCGAUUGAAAUCUAUACCGUGUUCGUGUUAAAUGUCAUGUUAAAACGAAAAUAGGGGUGCAGUUUUCUUUUUUUCUUUUUCGCUUCACCGAUGGACAAGACAACAUUUACACGUGUAUCGAAUAAAAUAUCAUGAAGUUUUUAUAUAUAUAACAUCCACAUGGAUUAUUAACAAAUAUUUUGUGAAAAUGAAAACGACAAAAGUGUGAUAAUGCGGAUGGAAAAUGAUAGGACAUGAAAUUUAGAAAAAGGAAGUGAUUCACUUAUCUCAGUACUUAAAUGAGUACUUGAAAUAAGGAAACUGCCUCUUUCGCUUGCCAAGUUUAAAGUUUCAAUUGAAGUUCAUGAAUUCUGAUUGUUUAACAUCUGUUUGCAGGGAAACUGACAUUUUAUGAACAAACAAGACUAUGUGGAUCUGUUUCGGUCAUCGUAAAUGGAACAGAUGAUAUUGACAGUUGCUUAAUGGAAAACGAAUGUCAAGAACUGGAGAGAAGGAGUGAACCGAUAACAACUAGAAUUAAUUCAAAGAGGCUUGUUUCUUUAGUGUCAAAAUGCGGACUGUGUGGAUAAGAAACAAAUUUGCCUUAUUUUUGCUGUGUGUUGUCAUACUGGCUUGGAUAUCUUUAUCCACACUAUCUUCAGAACAUUUUCACAAGACAAGUGAUGGUGAUCCAAGACAGAAAGUGUUAAGAAUGAUAGAUGUACAAGGCAGCCGUCCUAAUCUAGAUAAAACUGUACUAAGAUACUCAUCCACGGCUUCUGCAGAUAAUGUUUUAGAAAAGAUCUCAUCCAUUGCAAAAUCUAUCCACAAUGCGAAGAAACAUGUUAGAGGAUCUAAAACGUCAGAUUUUCUUAAACAAACUACAGAAAUGAUUGACUCUCUUUUAAUUGAUUUAAAUGUAAAUCCAGCUUCAUUAUACAACAGAACAAUCUACGAGCCUAAGCAUGUGUGUCCUGAAAAGUAUAUGGGAACUACAUUUGGUUAUCCUUACUUCUAUAAAGGAUUUGAAACAACCAACUGUGAACAUGGUGUUGCCGUAUGGAAACUUGUUACAGUAAUAAAACAUGUUGAGAUUUUCAAACGGAAUUCCGUAUCUACUUUAAAAGAGACUGAACAAUUAUUGUCGUCAGUUUAUAAAAUGAAUUCGAAUUUCAGUGUAAUACUUUCCGCAAGCAAUGCGGAAUAUUUUUCUGAUAUCAAAAGGUUAUAUCCAAUGCUUUCUGUAAUAGACUCGAAAGGUCUUGCGGAGGGGUCAGCUUUAAACCAAAUUGUAAGUACAGUUAAAACUCCGUACGUGUUUCUUGCAAGAAACAUUCAGUUCUUUACCAAUGAUUCUAGAUUGGAGAGGCUAAUUAGAGAGAUAGAAACAUUAGGUGUAAAAGUUGCUGCAGGUGCCGUUAGAAAUGCAGACGGGCAAUGGAAGAAAGGCUGUUUUCAGUCUAUGUAUAGAAAUUAUACAUUAAAAUACUUGGAAGGAUACGAUGAGUCCUUGCAUGAAUGCUUAUUUUGUGACUAUGUUCAGGGACCUUUUGUGACUUCGAAAAAAUAUUUAGAAAAAAACGAAUUUGAAAAUUUAAAUGAAACUGAAGGUUUAUUUGAGGAAUGGUUUCUACGGAUGACACAUAAAUCCGACGAAGCUAUCACGUGUCCAGAUUCCAUGUUUCAUGUUAAAUGGAUAAAUUCUCAAAAAUAUGGUAUGUUAAAAGAAUUUAUGCAAAAAUGGGAUUUGUUCAAAAUUGUUACACCAAAUGGAAGCACUGUAACAAGAACUUGUGAAAAUCAAUCUUACCAGUCACAUAAUACUAAGUCAUUAUCACCAUGUUCUGCUCAGUUCAAUGCCGACGCCGUAAAGAUGAUUUUAAGAACAUGUGAAGAGGCAGGUCUUUUCUGUGAACUACAGGAAGGAACGGCCCUCGGAGCGGUGAAAUUAGGUAAAACUCUUCCAUGGGAGAGGGAUGCGGACAUAACUUUCUUGACGGCAAACUAUUCUGGAUUUCAGAAUCUUAAAAGUGUUUUUAAAAAAGCAGGUUUUGGUUUUUCCGAUCUGGGAGCCACCUGGUGCUGUGUGGAUAACAGAACUGCAGGAGGGAAAUUUAAAAUGAGUUACAAGAGUUGGAAUUUAGAAUUAUAUGGCCAGCAUAUGAUGGACAGUGAACUUUUGACAGAAAAAGGAAUCAAGCCAACGAAAGUUUUCUUGGAUGGACAAUGGGUAAAUGUACCAAGAAAUCCUGGAUUGUUUGUAAGAAACAGAUAUGGUAGAGAAAUUUAUCAGCAUGCCGAACAUUGGAUGUCAACGGGGGGCAGCAGUGGCUGGAUUAAUUAUAAAACAAAUAUGUUCAAACGAUGUUCUAAUGAAGGAGAUCAUGAUUGUUUGGACAGGUAUAAUGCUGAUGGAGAUCUGCCAUUCAUUGAAAUGCUUCCGUAAAAUAAAAGGCUAUCUGUGGUAACUGUAAUGAAUAGUUAGCACGAUGAUACAGGAAUUAACCUUUUCAACAUUUAUUUAUUUGUUUGAUUACUGGCCUGAAAAUACCAGAUCCGUACUUAGUAGAUAAUUAAACCAGUCCAAGCUAAUUGACAGAUCAUUAUGACGAUCGUAUUACCGAGUUAAAAUGCGAUUAUAUUACGUUUUUCAGUAAAUUAUCGAACUAUAUUAGAGUGAAAUAUAUUUUGUAUUUUCAAAGUGAAAAAUAUUUUUCACCGAAUAGAAACUAAAAAAUGGGUACAUUCACUAAUUGUUAAAACAAGAGUUAAAAAGAAAUUUUGUUUGUUUUAAAUGUUAGAUCGAAAUAUCUUUCACCUAUGAACAACACAUCUUAUAAUUUCACUCAUGGCUAUGCCACUCGUAAAAAUAUUGCUUCUGGUGUUCAGUCAUGAAAGAUAAUUUUAAUCUUACACUGAAACAAAAUAUCCUUUAUAUAAUUUUAUUGCCAGACGAUACACAUUCUUCUGGUAAGGUGAAAAAUUGCACACACAUUCCAGAACAGCUAUAAAUAUGUUUUUUUGGGGUAAUCGUGGUGAACAAGUAUAUCAUACAGUUUGAUACCCAUUGAUAUGAGAAAAAAAUGUUUAGUGCGACGGCAGGUCUACACUCCCGGAACGAUAAAAUUUCGACCAAUUAAAGACUUAGAUCCACUGUUAUAUCAGUGCUAUCCUUACCUGCAGCUUAUAGGUGAUAAUGUAAGAGUUAUAACUUUUAAGGUAAUGAGCUCAGCAAGGGAACAAGACAUAUUAGAGGUGUUUAUAAUGUGAACAUUAUUCUAACUUGUUUCUAGAUAUAAUUUGUAUUAUCAGUUCUCUUUGAAUUUUGUCUAGUGAAUACUUCUAUUACUGAUGUUGCUACUGCUGCUAACUAUACCACUAGGGUAACAAGUUGAAUUAAGGUAAUGAUUCACUUUUUUAAAACUUUGCCUUUAUUGUACUGGCAUUUUUAUUUUUGUGUGUAACGUUGGGAUGAAAUUUUUGGUAAAAAAGUCAAAUGUAAAUAUUCAAAUAAAGUCAUCAUCUUGGUCAAAAGUUACUCCAGCAAAUAUUUCUACCUUUUAAUAAAGUCACUGAACGUCGUAAAAUAAGAGUAUACAGUCAGAUGUAUAGUAUAUUUCAAAAUUUGAUCGUAACUUACCAAGUAUCAAUACACUUUGUUAGGAAAGCAUAUUGAUAAGAACUGAACAAUUAAAAGCUAUAUUUUACCUAGGAAAUAUUUUUUCAAAGGUGUUUAUAUAGCUAAAUAUACAUUUUGAGAUGGUUAUGUAUUGGAUAUAAUAAGUCUGAAAAAAAUGUCUUCUAUCAAAUUUAUAAUCGCUUAUGCAGUUUCAUAGCUGACUGCCAUUUUACUCAAUUUAUGACCUUGUAUUUAGGAACCAUACUGUGAAAGUUGCAACAACUACGUCAGAAUUCCCGUGGCCCACUCCAAAGAGAUCAAGACUUUAAGAAUAACGUGGGGCCUCCGUUGCCGAGUAGUUAAAGGUCCAAUACUAAGGAAAGUGAACAUUUUAAUUUCUUUUAAAAAGCACAGAAACUAUUUCAUUUUAUUGGAAAAUGAAAGUUGGUAUGUAGAAAUUCGAAAUAAAUCGCAGUAUAUGUACAAUUAUUUUUGUAUGAAGUAUGAAGAAAGUUAAAAAGACCUGGGGGGUCAUUCUGUCGAUUCAUUGAAAUUUCAACAUAAUACACAUACAUUUCUUUGAGUUCCAAAGACCUUCUGUAAAUUUUGACCUGCCAAUCUUCAUUAUUUAGUGUCUUGCAGAAGUCUAUGCACUGGCUAUGAAAAAAAUUGCCAACUCACUUUCCCUUAGUAAUGGACCUUUAAGGUCGCUGACUUCAAGUCACUUGUCCCUCACCGAUGUAGGUUCGAGCCUCACUCGCGGCGUUGAAUUCUUCAUGUAAGGAAGCCGUCCAGAUGGCUUACGGAAGAUCGGUGGUUCUACCCAGGUGCUCGCCCGCGGAGGGGAGCCUGGGGUCUUCCUCCAACAUCAAAAGCUGGAUAGUUGCCAUAUGACCUGUAAUUGUGAAAAGAUGAUGCAACGUUACUCUACUUGGUUAAGAAGUCAAAGUCGAUACAAUAAGAGUUUCGUGAACAAGCAAAUACUUUAAACGAACUAUACUAGUAAUAAUAUAUAGUGUGAGUUUUUGAACAUGUAAAUAUUUGAAUGUGCAAGUACACCUCCUGAAAAGCUGUUAAAAUUUGUACAUUGCUGACGUCAUCUGUUGAAGGACUUCAUGCAUUAAAGGAAUUGUUAUUUACUGAAAUGUUUCCUGACUUGAUAACUUUUCUAACUCCCCACUUGUUUUUUAAUGCAUUGGACACAGUAAUUAAUGAUUCAUUUGUUACAACAAUGAAUCACUUAGAGCUCUGUAACAAUCACGCAAUGGUAACGUCACAAUCAAAUGACUGUAGUACACUUAGUAAUUUAUGUAAUGUAUAAUAUAAUUUACAACCUCAUUUUUCUGUUAAAAUACUUAAUACUUAAAAUACUAUCUCCGUCAAUAUUUUUCAACUUGCACGAAGUUGCACUCAUUUGUAUCACUUUACUGUAAGGUUACCAUAUUGUAAAUGUCAUAGCUUAGUACAUUUAUGUCCAAUUUUUAAUUGUUGUUUUAUCUUAUUUUUAAAAUAUGAUAAUUUCACUCCAUGUCCAGUUUUCAGAAAAAUAUAUCAAUUUUAAAUUGACAGAUAUUAUUAUUAUUUCUACUACUAUUACUACUACUACUGCUAUACAACAUAAUAGCAACAAACCAAGAGUGGAGUUAGAAAAGUUGUAAUGUAUAUUUCUUGUAACGUUAGAUUGCAAAGGCAGCUCUCUAAUUAUUUAUACGUUAUGUCGUUUCAUGUGUUAAGUUCUAAUAAAUUUUAUUUCCUGUU